AUGCCACCUCCUCCCCCUGGCCCCCCGCCGGGUCGUGGUGCCCUCUUGACGUCCAUCAAUGGCGGUGGCUUCAAACUAAAAAAGGCCGUAACCAAAGAUCGUUCGGCCCCUUUACUCACGUCUAAACCCAGCGGCGGCGGCGGCGGCGGCGGCGGCGGCGGCGGCGGCGGUGGUGGUGGUGGUGGCGGCGGCGGCGGUGGCGGCGGUGGCGGUCCACCUGUCGGUGGCAAGGGGCCUGGAGUAGCACCCCCACCACCACCCUCUCGGACGGGAGGUCGUGCGGGCUCUGGUUUCGCCGCGCGCUUUCGAAACAGCUUUGCUGACGUGUCGGCGGCGCCGCCCACGGAUGUCAGCUUCAAGGGUCGCAUUCAGUACGCAUCUAACACGGCGCGUAGCUCUGAUGCAUGA